AACUCGUACCAGUCUCACAACAUCUAUAAUAUUCACCCCUGCUCUCCUGCAUUUGCUCUUAUUUUCUCAGUUUCUGUAUCAUGGGUGUCCAAAAGAGUGAAGUCGAAGCCACUUCUUCUGUGUCAGCAGAGAAACUGUUCAAGGCCUUGUGCCUCGACAUCGAUACACUUCUUCCCCAGGUUGUUCCCGGUGCUAUCAAGAGUGCCGAAAUCCUUGAGGGUGACGGUGGAGUUGGAACCGUCAAGCUUAUUCAUCUUGGCGAUGCUAGCCCCUUCAAGACAAUGAAGCAAAAGGUUGAUGUCAUUGACAAAGACUCCUUCACCUACUCUUACACCAUCAUCGACGGAGACAUUCUUCUAGAUUUUGUGGAAUCCAUCAACAACCAUUUCACCUACGUCCCUACUGCUGAUGGAGGCUGCACUGUCAAGAGUACCAUCACUUUCACCACCAAAGGCGAUGCUGUCGUCCCUGAAGAGAACAUCAAGUUCGCUAAUGACCAGAACCUCGCCAUUUUCAAGGCUAUUGAGGCUCAUCUCAUUGCAAACUAAUUAUGAUCAUGCUAUAUUUUGAUGAGGGCGAUUGAGAAUAAUCAAUAAUGUGUGCGCGUGUGACAAGUACAAGGGUUUUCUAUUAUUGAUUUGAUUUCCAGUGUUAUACAUAUAUGAUGUUCUUGAAACAAAUAAUGUUUCUCCGGUAUUGUAAUCAGUCUGAAGUUAUGUUUCAACUUCAGUACAUGUAUCUUUCCUUUCUCCUCGCGUUAUAAUAGUAUUUUGUGAUGAA